AUGGGUUGUCGUACCUGCCGGGCCCGACACGUUAAAUGUGACGAGACGCCAGGGGCCUGCAAGAAUUGCGCAUCUGCAGGCUGGAAUUGCAGCGGCUAUGAGAUGACCCGACUGUCACACCCGAGUCAAGGACGACGUAUGACCGACCGCUCGGUCUCGCUGCUUCCUCGUAUGGGAGUGAGCCUGCCCGGGGGGAGCUCUGACGAACGUAGGGGGUUUGCCUUCUUCCUCUCACAGACCAUCCCCAAUCUGACGGGGUUCUUUGACUCAUCCCUCUGGAGUGGGCUUGUGUUACCGAUGAGCCAUGCCGAGCGAGCUGUCAACCACGCGGUGGUGGCCAUCAGCGCCCUGCACGAAGAUAUGGAGACACGAGGGGCGCCACUAGCGCGCGAAGAUCUCAUGAAUCGCCGCCAGCGGUUUGCCCUCGAGCAGUACGGACGAUCUCUGGCGGUUUUGAACCAACGGCGUCACUCGCAAGACCCCAAGCUGCGCGAGGUUAUCCUGACCUGCUGUCUUUUAUUUGUCGCGUUCGAUCUGAUGCGCGGCCACUAUGACCCGGCGAUCUUGCACCUCAAACAGGGACUCGCGAUUAUCACAGAAGUGUCUCAUUCCACGGGGGAUUCCAAAGCGCCUGGUGGCGUAGACGCCAUCGCCAAGUCGCUCUCGGCAGCUAUGGCGCGCUUGGAUGUUCAGUCGAUCUUCUUCCAGGGGGGCCCGAUUCUCGAGCCUGCUCCCGGGGAUUAUGUGGCGAGUGUGAAUAUUACCAGUGGUUUCGGCACUCUUCACGAGGCAAGAGUCGCCCUAGAUGAAACGUUGUGUCAUGUCAUUCACUUCUUGAAGGCUGUCUAUGUCGUGCCGACCGAAGAUCGUCUCGCUUGCUACCAACCGCAGCUCGAGGAAAGGCGUAGGCGCAUCCUAUCCCAUUUUACAGACUACCUGAGCCAGCUGAAAAGCUCCAGUGAUUCCCUUUUAUACCCAGCCGACGCAAAGGAGCAGCGGGGGAUCGAUCUAAUCUAUCUUCACUGGAUAACAUACUUCAUCCUUAUAGAUACUUCUCUCGCUGGAGAAGAGGAAGCCGUUUUCAAAGUGCUUUUUCCCAGAUUCAAGCGGAUGCUGUUUCUCUCCAAGAAAGUUGCUGAUAGCUUUUUGGAAGAUGGCAAGCCGGGCUUUCGACCCACCAUGUUGCUGGACAUGGGCAUUAUUGCGCCCCUCUUUUUGGUUUGCUGGAGGUGUCACGAUGUCGAGACUCGUGCACGAGCUCUUGAGAUGCUUGAGGCUUGGCCACAUCGCGAAGCCAUGUGGGAUUCCCGAUUUCUUGUGCUAUUUGCGAAGCAACUGCUGGCCACCGAACUGGCUCUCGAGUUUGAAUCUGCACAAUCGGCCAGCCAAGACUCCCUGGAGACUCCUAAAGCACCGGCCCGCGUGCAGGACAUUGGUAUGCAGCUGUCGGAUGAUCAGACACAUGUGACUUUCUAUUACCGAAGGAAAGAACCUGGCCAGGCGGCAUUGAAGCAGCAGAAAGUGGUGCCGCUUGAUGAAAAUGAUUAG